CUUUUAGUGAAUUCGUGUAAAUUCUUGGGCCGCAGCCAUUGUUAACAGAGUCUUCUUCUUCAGUAGCCAUAGCUGAAGCUUCACUGUAAUCUCAACAUUUAGCUUCGAAGUUGUUCCCAAGAUGAUGGGUUUAAUGCGUGUUUUGGCUAAAUCGAACCGUUCGAUUCAAACGAGUAUUCAAAAUCAAGGGCUGACAUUGCCUCUCUGCAGACAGUUUUCGACCCAAAUGGAAACACCCCAGAAGGACAAUUCAUCUGAUUCAUUCCUUCGAAAUCCGUCUUCUGGUUUGGUUUAUGGGAGACUUUUUGUCAUUGGAAAGCAUACAAGGAAGAGUGACAUUAUUAACAUGUUAGGGAGUUCUAGAUUGAGCCCAGAUGACGUUAGAUUUGAGUACAACAUGAACUAUGCUCCAGUUUCAGUGAUGAUUCAGUUCCCUUCUCGAAAUUCUUAUGAGGCUACACUUAGGGAAGGAAGUCGGAAGGGUGGCUUAUUCAGAAUGGAGAGGGUUGGUCAUCAGCAGUGGGACUCUUUGCCACGAUACGAUGGAAAGACUAUUUUAUUGCAAGGAGUCCCUCGAAAUGCAGUAGCCGAAGAUGUGGAACGUUUCCUUGCUGGUUGCCAGUAUGAUGCAUCAGCAAUUCAAAUGUUCGGUAGACCACAACGAGCUGCUGAUAGACCACCAACUAGAACAGUCUUUGUCGAGUUCCCCUCGCAGGCUAAGGCAACACAUGCAUUUAUCACGAAGAACAGAGGCUUCUGUCUUAAUAACCAAAUCUCAGUGCGACUUCUUCAGUAAUCUCAUCCAUCUCCAAGAUAAUUAUCUACGUUUUGUUUCCCUGUUUGGAUUGUGUACCUUCUUGUCCAGGCUUCAAUCUUCCAUCAGAGAACUAUUUUCAUUUAUAGUAGGAAAAGCUGAGAUGAAAUUCGAAAUAAUAUAACCUUAUCGAUCUUUUGAAUGACUGCAAAAACUGUACAAGGAGAUGUUUUAAGCUUUUGUUUAGAUUGUUUGUUAUACUUUAAGAAGUACCUUCAUGUUCAUGAUA